GCAUGCACUUCAUUCGCCUACUCACUUUACCAGUUAAUCGAGGUUGAUAAUCGAUUGAGUACUUUUAUUCGGUCUUUUUUCACUGCGCCCGAGCUUAGGCGUGAGGCCGUCUCCUGACCGGAGCCAGAGAGUAGAGAAAGAUAUGUUGAAGGUCUAGUGCGGCGGUCUAUCCUAUAAACAAUAUCUACUUGAUAUGCGGUUGUUCGUGUACAUAUUCGCUAAUCUCGAUCAAAACAGUGGCUUGCCUUGGUGAAAUGAAAAUCAAAACCACAACUUACUGGAAAGCUGAGAAAAAAAGUAGCAAGCACGUAAUUCGUUCCUCACAAAGGUCACAAACACAACAUGUAGUUUCCGAAGCGACACGAAAACGACAGAUCUCACUCAAAAGUGCGAGAGUUUUUGGAGUAUCAAUGCUCUAACUGGAGUGUGUGGUAGCAAAUUCAUUUCAAUCAAUCACGGAUGCUUAUGAUCCAACUUCGGAAUAUUUUUGAAGGCACAUGCCCUUGAAUCCCCAUAUUCUGGACACCACCUCGCGAACAGGUAAAUGAAUGAAUGAAUGAAAGGGUGGAAUUGCGCCCGUGGUGUGGUCCUUUGUGUGGAGCACGUUUCAUGAAACACAAACUUCUCGAUGAACUAGACGCGUCAGGGGAGAUAAUUCUGAAUCUGGACCGAUCUGGAACACAU